UUCAGGAAACACGUAUUGCAGUUUAUAUAUUAUAUUAUUAAUUUAAAUUUAAAUGUUAAUUUUAUAUUAGGUACGUUGCACUUUUCUCCAUAAAGAAUAAAAGAUAUAGGAGAUUAAAGAGUAAAAAAAAAAAAGAAAAUGCGAAUGUUGGCAAGCGCGUCCCUCCUGAAAUACAUCCAUAAAGCGUUCAAGUUCACAUCUGAAAAUAUCUUAUCUAAUUCGUGUGUCGUUGGCCCGGCGGCUCUCUCGACUCGACUCGACGCUAACACCUCAUCUCUCUCUCUCUUUCUCUUUCUCUUUCUUGUCAGCCUCGUACCGACUACCCCCAAGAACAACGAAACCGACGAGUUCAACAUCUACUGGAACGUGCCCACGUUUAUGUGCCAUAAGUAUGGGCUCCACUUUAAGGAAGUAUCAGAGAAAUACGGCAUCCUACAGAACACGAUGGAUAAUUUCCGUGGCGAAGAGAUCGCGAUCCUUUACGAUCCUGGCACGUUCCCGGCGAUGCUGGAAGAUUCGAACGGAAACGUAGUGAUGAGAAACGGCGGUGUUCCGCAAGAGGGUAAUCUCACCAAGCAUCUGGAAGUGUUUCGGGAGCACUUGAUCCAUCAGAUACCAGACAAAUCGUUUCACGGUGUCGGGGUGAUCGAUUUCGAAAGUUGGAGACCGAUCUUCCGGCAGAAUUGGGCUUCCCUUCAGCCUUAUAAGAAACUCUCGAUAGAGAUAGUUCGACACGAACAUCCGUUCUGGGACAAUCAGAGCGUCGAGCAGGAAGCGAGACGACAAUUUGAGAAAUACGGCAGGCUUUUUAUGGAGGAGACGUUGAAGGCUGCCAAACAGAUCAGACCGUACGCCAAAUGGGGUUACUAUGCUUACCCUUAUUGCUACAAUCUGACGCCGAGUCAACCCAGUUCACACUGCGACGCUGUCACUCAGCAGGAAAACGACAAAAUGUCAUGGCUGUUCGAGCUGCAAAACGUCCUCCUGCCCUCGGUUUACUUGAGACUGAGCCUAACGAGCAAUCAACGAGUGGGUCUCGUAGGUGGUCGUGUCAAAGAAGCUUUGAGAAUAGCCAAGCAAAUGAUGACCAGGAAGCAGGUUCUACCGUAUUACUGGUACAAAUACCAGGACCAGAGGGACACGAAUUUGAGCAAGGAUGAUCUCGAGGCAACACUCAAAAAGAUCAUAAACCUCGGUGCAGAUGGUCUCAUCAUUUGGGGAAGCUCCAGCGACAUCAACACUAAGCAGAAAUGCGUAGAGUUCAGAGAAUAUUUAAACAACGAUCUGGGACCCGUCGUGAAUCGACUCAGGCGAACAGCUCUUGGCUUAACUCGAUACACCAGCACUCUGAUGGAUAACAAAAUCGACGUGAGCGUCGAUCAAGUUUGACACAUCACCUGGAGCAUCGAUGCUCUUACAAAAGAGGAGACAAAGUAUUAAGAGAAAUUGUAAGGGUCUUCAGUUUCCGUCGCUUGAGUAUACGAUUACCAUGCGUGACACACGCGGAGGAUCCGCCUGACCUUCGGAAUAGAAAGAUGUUGGACACGAGACACGUAGUUGAAACCAAAGACGACUUGGUCUAGUGCUCCGCGACGUAGCACUCGCGCGCAACCGAUCGAAAUAAAAUUUCUACGAAACUGU